UUCGCGCCUGGCUGUCGGUGCCCGCUGUGCCCGUGCCGCCAUGGCCGUGGCCAUCCUCUCGCCCCGGCCGCUACCCCUGCUCCUGCUCCUGCUGCCGCUGCUCUUGCUGCUGCUGCUGCUGCGCGCCUGCCCGAUGCGCGCGGAGAGUAAGGUGUUUGGCGACGUAGACCAGGUGCGGAUGACCUCGGAGGGCUCCGACUGCCGCUGCAAGUGCAUCAUGCGGCCGCUGAGCAAGGACGCGUGCAGCCGGGUGCGCAGCGGGCGGGCGCGAGUGGAGGACUUCUACACCGUGGAGACCGUGAGCUCCGGGACCGACUGCCGCUGCUCCUGCACCGCGCCGCCCUCCUCGCUCAAUCCCUGCGAGAACGAGUGGAAGAUGGAGAAACUCAAGAAACAGGCACCUGAGCUCCUCAAGCUGCAGUCCAUGGUGGAUCUCUUGGAGGGCGCCUUGUACAGCAUGGACCUGAUGAGAGUGCACGCCUACAUCCACAAGGUGGCCUCCCAGAUGGACACGCUGGAAGAGAGCAUCAAGGCCAACCUGAGCCGGGAGAAUGAGGUGGUGAGGGAGAGCAUGCGCCACCUCAGAGAGCAGCUGAGAAACUACGAGAACCAGUCGGCCGUCAUGAUGAGCAUCAAGAAGGAGCUCUCCAGCCUGGGCCUCCAGCUGCUGCAGAAGGACUCGGCCACAGCCCCUGCCGCAGCCCCAGCCACCGGCCCUGGUAGCAAGGCACAGGACACAGCUGGAGGGAAAGGCAAAGACAGCAACAAAUAUGGCAGCGUGCAGAAGAGCUUUGUAGACAGGGCCCUCCCCAAACCUCCCAAGGAGAAGCUGCUGAAGGUGGAGAAGCCGAGGAAGGAUGGUGGCCAGGGCCGAUUCCCCCAGCCCACAGCCAAGCCCCGGGCCCUGGCCCAGCAGCAGGCAGUGAUCCGAGGCAUCACCUACUACAAGGCAGGCAGCAGGGAAGUGGCCGAGGCUGACAACGCCCUCAGAGGCACUUCCUGGCUGGAACAGCUGUCGCCCAGGGAGGAGGGCAGGCCACCCGAGCCCAACUCUGCUGAACAUGAGGAGGCUGGGCCUGGGGCCUCCAAGGGAGCAGACUUGGCCCCUGGCACCCCCUCCUCAAACCCAGCCACCGCUCGUACCCUGACUCCCACCACCAGCCCUCUGCCCACUGAGUCACCUUCACACCCAGAAGUCCCCAGGCAAGGCAGAGAAGCCAGCUGUGAGGGCACCCUCCGGACCGUGGACCCCCCUGUGAGGCACCACAGCUACGGGCGCCAUGAGGGAGCCUGGAUGAAGGACCCCACCUCGCAGGAUGACAGGAUCUACGUCACCAACUACUACUACGGAAACAGCCUGGUGGAGUUCCGCAACCUGGAAAACUUCAAGCAAGGCCGCUGGAGUAACAUGUACAAGCUGCCCUACAACUGGAUCGGCACGGGCCACGUGGUGUACCAGGGCGCCUUCUACUACAACCGCGCCUUCACCAAGAACAUCAUCAAGUACGACCUGCGCCAGCGCUUCGUGGCCUCCUGGGCGCUGCUGCCCGACGCCGUGUACGAGGACACCACACCCUGGAAGUGGCGAGGCCACUCCGACAUCGACUUCGCCGUGGACGAGAGCGGACUGUGGGUCAUCUACCCUGCGGUGGAUGACAGCGACGGGGCCCAGCCCGAGGUGAUCGUGCUGAGCCGCCUGGACCCCGGGGACCUCUCGGUGCACCGCGAGACCACGUGGAAGACGCGGCUGCGGCGGAACUCGUACGGGAACUGCUUCCUGGUGUGCGGCAUCCUGUACGCCGUGGACACGUACAACCAGCGGGACGGCCAGGUGGCCUACGCCUUCGACACGCACACGGGCACCGACGCCCGCCCGCAGUUGCCCUUCCUCAAUGAGCACGCCUACACCACCCAGGUCGACUACAACCCCAAGGAACGGGUGCUGUACGCCUGGGACAACGGCCACCAGCUCACCUACACCCUCCACUUCGUGGUCUGAGUGGGCGCCUGCACUCACAGGGGAGGAGUAGCAGUGGGCACGGGGCUCUCCACAGCGACACCUGCAAGGAACUCCAUCAGCAAAUAUUUAUUGGGGACCAGGCCCGGGUCUAGGUGCGAGACAUAGGGCGUAGCCAGCACAAAGCUUCCUUAGCACCUAGUGGAAUAAUUGUAGCUUCCACUUGCAGAGCACUGUGCCAAGAGCGUCAGGUGCACUACCCCACUUCAUCCUCCCAGCAGCACCCUUGGCGGUGGAAAGAGUGAAGCCCAUUUAACAGGUGAAGACACUGAGGCUCAGAGAGACAGCAUGCCCUGCCUCAGUAGCCUCAGUUUGGAUCAGGCAGGCCAUGCUGUCAUGACAGCCUUGACCAUGCUGCCCCUGUGUCCAGCCCUGUCCCCUGUCUCCUAAUUUCUCUUGUUUUCAAAACUCUGUCUCCCUUCCCACGGCUUCUGAAAACCAGAGGCCUUUGGAAACCGCACACUAAUGUUGGGUGGAGGCCAGGCUCUGUGUGCCACCAUAGGCCCCCAUUCUGGCUGAGCUGUUGGUGGCCCUGGGCUUUGGGUCCCUGGCUAAGGUCCCUGCUCCUUGGCUUUGGCCAGCCCUCCCACCCUACCCCACCCGCUGUCCAACCACAUUCCAAACCUCCAUGGUCACCCAGCCACUGAGCAGAAACCACACCCCGAGAAAAAAUACCAGCCCCCCGUUCCAAGUUCCCCCUCCCUCUGUACUCAAUUUUAUUUUCUCUUCUUCACCAGCGCUGUCAUUUGUUUCUGCAGCAACAGCUGACAAGGCUGCAGGCAGCCGCCUGCCAGCAGCUACUCUACCAGGGUGGGGAGCUGGGCCAGGCCCGAGGCUCCCUCUCCAACCACAAGUGCUGUCUUUGGCCACAAACCCAGGCCAUGGGACUGCUCCCCAGUCCCUCCCAGAGCCUUUGGGUCUGGGGGUCUACCUUGUCCUUUUUCUCUGGGCCUUUCAAGCCACAACCUAUGUGCACUCAGGGAUACUUCCAGGUCUGCCAUGAGCAAGACCCUACGCCUGAGGUCGGGGUGGGACCAGGAUGAAACCGGUUCCCUCUUUGUCAGUCCUGACCUGGUCGUUUGCUGGGUUGGCCCAGCAGCCUGGGGGACUGGGGAAGGCUGAGAUCAGAGCAGAUGGGAGGCAUCAGAUUUUCUGGCUACAAGGAACAGCCAGGGCCCUUUUCCUGGCUUCAGAGAUGUUGGUGCCAGGGCUUCCCCAAGCCCAGGACCUGGGGCUGAGGCAGCACUGGGGGGUCAGCCCACCUGGUACUGCUGAGAGUUCCCUGAGCCUCACAUCCAGGCAACAAGACCUUCAACCUGCCCUCACCUGCUUUGGGCAAUCUUUUUAGAGCUGGGAAGAAGUUCUCCGGUCCAACUCCCUGUUUCACCAAAGGAGAAAUAGGCCCAGAAAGGGUUAGAGAGUGGCUCAGAGCCACACUGGGAACAGGAUACAGCCAGUUUCCUUCCAUCAGGUCUUUGUCUACAUCCUUUAGUCUCCUGGCUUAGAGGCAGCUCUGCCCAGGAAGGAGACAGACUACCCAACACGCAAGUCAUCCCAACACCUCUGAAGGGUAUUUACUGCUGAUCCCAAUACACCCCCAGACCCUGCUCCCCUCACUCUGGCCCAUGCCAGCUCCUGGAUAUCUGUAUAUUUGAACACCUAGUUGUCAUGUUAGAAAAUGUAGCUGCAUACCUAAGAGUGUAGGGAAAUGCAUUUUGUGCAGAAUACAUUUCUUUGUAUUGUCAGGUGAUGUUGUUUUGCUUAAGCUGUAACUUACCCCUGAAAUAAAGGGGAAUGAUGACGCCCAGCCGAGUAAGGGCUGACUCAUAGUGGUGGACACAUCCAGCCUCCCCCACCCAGCCAUCCCAGCUCCACUCACAGGCUCUUCAGGGGGCUGCGUUUCCCUUGACCCUGGGUGUGGGUUUUACAAGACUGCGUCUUUUAUGAUAUCACAGCCCAACCAUGUGAGAAGGGUUCAGGCUCCUCUUUCUCCAUUAAUCUGAGAAAAGGGCAAGUGAGAAUGGACUGAUUUUGAAAAAGAAAGGACAGGCAAAAUCGUUGUCUGGGGAGAUGAUUCUGGCUGUGGCCUCCAAACACUCACUAAGCCCCUUCUGUUUUCAGGCCCGUGUAUGUGGGUUAUGCGGUAGGAGUAGUUAUAUUCCUCAUUUUACAGAUAGUCAAAAUGCAGCCGAGAGAAGUUAAGUCACUUGUCCUGUGGGCAAUUAAGUGGAGGGCCAGGUUUCAAAAUCAGGUGAUAUAACCACCUUUAUUGACUGAGCAUCAACAGUAUUCUAAACAUGCCAUGUGCAUAUUCUUGCAUCUUCACAAUAGAAGGCAUAAACUCUGAAUGUGUCCAUUUUACAGAUGAGGAAACUGAGGUGAAGGAACUUACCCAAGGUCACAGAGCAGCUUAGCCUGUGGCAGAGUCAGGGUUUCAGGGCUGGUCAAUCUAUUUUCUUUGCAACUGUGUGCCACUCUAGUGGCAGCUCCAAAAAUGGUGGCCAUUGCUUUUAUUCAGUGUGGCCAGGCCACACUAGAUCCACAUACGAGACCCAAGAGGAAGGUCGGGGUCAGCUUGUAAAGAGCCUUGAAUAACAAGCCAAGGAGUGACUGCCUCCAAUUACAUUUGGAACAAAGUCAAGUAUAAAUUAACAGAGAAAAGAAAAUUCUGGAUUUAUACCAAAGCCCAAAAUUAACUGUUGUUAGGAAUCUUGUAAACAGUUAUGUUUUCUGUUUUACUUUGGCCAAUGGGAAGCUCAAAGUCAAAUUUGCAAUUAUUUUUUAACAAGUGUACUGUCAACGUUUAUAUACUCCUGAUUUUCCCUAUUAAAAUUCUAAUGUGAAAAUACUUCAAAUUUAAAAACAAAAAACAAAGAAGACAAUUGUACUGUCUCCCACUGGACUCUGGCUUUAUUUUAGCUUCCUGCUUUUACCUUUACCCUAACCUCUUUAUGUUUAUUCUAUUGUAUUUUAUCUAUUUUUGUAAGUUGCCACAAUACCUUUUU